UAAUAAUUGAGUAGAGUGAUCAGUGAUCACCUAUCAGCUGAGAUGUUAAUUAGGUGUCUAUUUUGAAUGUGAGGAGGUGCAUGACUGCAUGAAUGAUUUGAUUCUGCAUUAUUCACUGUUGAAAUAGAACGACUUUAUUUCUUCCUCAUUGCGUAAAAGAUUUUUUGAGAUUUUAGAGUUGUGAUUUUUUAUUGGUAAUCAAUCGGUAAGGAGAUAAGUUAUAAGCUUCAUCCUCUUGACCCACAUUCUCCUUAGGUAGAUAAUUGAACAUACCAUGGAGUUAUUGGUUCUUCCACUUUGUGAGUUUGUUUGUUAAACUUGUUUCUGUUUUGUAGAAUUCGAUUUUCAUCCAACUUUCCUAGGUGGUCUUUGGUAUUUAAGACGAAGCGGUUGCAUCCAAAAGGAUAGAAGUAGGUUAGAUUAGGUUUUUUCCUUUCCAUAUUUCAUAAUGUGUUUUUAUUUAAUUCACCUAUGAUUAAAAAAAAUUGAUUUUUUUUGUGUGUAAUAAGAUGUAUUUAAUUACAGCCUCUGCCCAAAAACCUUGAGAUAGAUUGAACUCGGAUAACAAUGUUCUUCAUAUCUCUCCAAACCUUGAGAUAGAUUGAACUCAUGUAGCAUGGUUCUUCAUAUCUCUCAAAGAGUUAUAUUUUUCCUUUUAACUACUCUUCUUUGUUGUUGAGUUCUGGGUGCAGAAAAGUUGCGAUUAAUACCUAAUUCAUCAUCAUAAAUUUCUUCAAAGAGAUGGCUGCCAAACUCGCCGUCGUGAUCUCUGCUAACAUUUACGACAGAGGGUUCUUUUUUCCUGCUCGAAUGAAGGUCUUGAAUUUAUCAAUUCCUCCAGACAUCUCGAUCAUCUAUAAGACAAACCCAAUAUUUUCCACAAAUGGAUCUCUCGGCUAACAAAAGAGAACAACUCCAAAAACGGAAUUGACAAAAAUGGAAAGGGUGGGAAAACUCACUGAUCUAAAGAACAGAACAUACACAUCCUCUCCAUGCAUGCAUGCAUGAUUAGUCAAUUAUUACCUACACGUACGUUACGUUGAAACUUGAAACUGAAGCGAGAAACCAGCUGCCAAGAUCCAGAAAAAUGGUCUCUCUGUUCCCUCCUUAAUUAAAACCGUCACCUUCGGGAAAAAAGCAGCGACACACAAUUCAGAGACAAGAACAAAUAGAAGAGAUCAGAUCAAAUCAGAACAGCAGCAAAACUAAUGAUCACCAGCCAUUCUCGAUAAAUGCCCUAAUUCCUCAUCACCACUACCUCCAUUCAUUAUUCCUUCCCUUUCUCUACAUAUAAUUAUCCCAUCUAACGUUCCUCCAUUCCAAACUAAAACUGUACUUAAUCCCACUUCUUCAUUAACUCUUCUUCUUCUUCUUCUUUGUUUCUUGAUCCAUAUUGUUAACUCACUUUCUAACCAUAAUCUCGACCAGUUAGAAAUCAAAUCAGAGCCCCCGAAAAAGCCAAAAAAAAAAAAAAAAGCCAAAAUGGUUGACACCAUGUUCGUUCGUACUGUUGUCGGCAUCAUUGGAAAUGUCAUCUCCUUCUUCCUGUUUCUAUCCCCACUGCCGACGUUCGUUCAGAUAAUCAAACAGAAAGCGGUGCAGGAUUUCAAGGCGGAUCCGUACGUGAUGACGCUGCUGAACUGCGCGAUGUGGAGUUUGUACGGGAUGCCGUUCGUAAAACCGGACAGCUUACUGGUUGUAACCAUCAACGGGUUCGGUUUCUUCUUGGAGUUGAUCUACGUGGCCAUCUUCCUCAUCUUCUCUCCCUGGGUUAAGCGAAGGAAGCUGAUCAUAACGUUGCUGGUGGAAACAGCCUUCUUCAUUGGAGUGUUGCUCAUCACGUUGCUCGUCUUCCACGCUCCUCCGAAGAGGGCCAUGUUCGUCGGCCUCCUCUGCAUCAUCUUCAACGUCAUCAUGUACGCUUCUCCCUUGACCGUCGUGAAAAUGGUGAUCAAGACGAAGAGCGUGAAGUACAUGCCCUUCUUCCUUUCCCUAGCUGGGUUCUGCAAUGGAAUCGUUUGGACCAUCUAUGCGCUUCUCAAGUUCGACGUUAACAUUCUGAUACCGAAUGGUCUGGGAUCGUUGUUCGCGUUGCUACAGUUGGUAUUGUACGCGAUCUACUACAGAACAACGAAUUGGGACGACGACGACGACGAUCAACCACCUCGUGGCGGCCAUCAGGAGGAGUUCUCCGAGAUUCAGCUCUCCAGUAAGGUUUAGGAGAAGUAUUAUAUGCGCCAGCAAAACCAAAUUCAUAAUAAUGUGGGAUCUUCUUCUUCUUCCUCCCCAUUGGAGCAUUUGUGUAUUGUUUCAGCAAUUCCCCAUUGUGCAUUUGUUUUCAGCAUUUUGUUUGCUUUUGUUCAAUUUGGAAAGGAGAAAAGAAAAAACAGGGGACAUAUAAUACAAACAAGUUAUGGAGAGUUGAAAAAGAAAUUGCAGCAGAAAAAAAAAAAAAAAAACAGCAUCAUAAUCGAGUUGGUUCGGAUCAGAGAAGAUUAUAUGCUAUUAGUUUUUUGUUUUUGUUGUUGUAGUUAAGAUGAGUUUUAGGGGGCUAGCUAACAAAUAAAAAAAAGACACCAAUGACUUCCAUUGUACUGUUACUGUCACAAUACAAACAGAAAAUGCAGCAUUAUAUUCAGCAUUGUUUACUUUGUUAGUACUGUAUUGCUUGUUUUGUUUUAAUUUCUCUAUUGACCAUUGAUUAAUUAGAUGCUUCCUUUGCGGCAGAGGUUAGGCUUUCCCCUUCCCCUUAUUGAUUUGGUCUUUAUUAUUUGAUUAGAUUUCAAUUAGGGGUCGUUUGCUUCAAGGAUUUUAUAAUGAGGGUUUUGUCAUGGAUUUGCUAAUUAAAAACCUUGGGAUUU